ACAAAGAACACAGAAUCCGAUCAGAUCAAUGAGCUGGCAUGGCCGGAAUGCGCUUUGAGGUUCGAGUCGGCGCAGUCUUCCUCUGCUUGAGCCUUUCCAGAGCUGCAGAACAGGUAUGUCACGACACACCUGGAUGGACGAAUGGGUACAGUGCCUGCAACAACUAUGUGCCUGUCGAUCCAGAUUGUCACGAGCAGGGCGUUGUUUGCCAUUUCUAUGAGGCACACCCGGCCUUCUGCGCCAAGGGCCAGAACGAUCCGUGGAUGAACUGCUGCACCUGCGGCGGCGGCUCCACCUUCGAUGGGAAGCGUCCGACCACGUCGCCGCCACCAACAGUGGAUAUCCCCGUCUUCAACUGGCUGCCUGGUGUGAAGACGAUGGAGCAUGAGCUUGGCAAGCUGAAGCAGCAGAUGAAGCCCCUGGAGCAGGGCAUGCAUGAGGUCUACGCGGGUCUCCGGGAGCCCGACUUCAACGCGCCCCCGGAGCUGGAGGGCCACACUGAGGGGGAGGUGAACGUCGUGGUCCUGGGCCUCAUCUUUCUGGUGGUCAUUGCCACAUCGCUGGGCUACCUGCUGGAUGCGCAGUGGGCCGCCUCUGGUGCCGCACCUGGCCCGGCUGGCCGCUCGCCAGCGUGGGCCACUGCCAUGAUGGCAACAAGCUAUGUGUUGCUACUGCCAGGUUUGACUCAGGUGCUCUUUAGCUUCAACAUCGUGGUGAACGUGCUGGGGCACCGCAUCAACGUGCAGCCGGAGAAAGAUGAAAAGGCCUGCACUGAGACGGUGACGGGCCUGGUGCAGCUGCUGGAAAGGACAGGAUCCAGGACUGGGGCUGUGCUGAUCAUCCUCUAUGCCGUGGUGGUGCCGAUUGUUAAGCUGCUGCUACUGGCGCUGGGUGAGCUCUUCAGGCACUCCCGCGCUCGGUUCCUGGUGGCGCUCUCCCGAAUCUGCAUCAUCCUUGUGCAGAGCAUCUCGAAAUGGGCCUGCCCGGACAUGUUCGCCUACAUCCUGCUGGUGCAUUUGGUGCGGCUUUUGCACCAUGACCCCAUCAUUUUGACCGCCGCGCAGCUGGACGUGGGCUUCUCCUGCUUCAGCGUCUUUUGCGUUUGCUCCACGGUGUCGUCCUUGGGCAUCACUCUACCAGAGCUGCCUGGACUCAAACCCAGGACCUUUUGGCUGAGCAGACCGGUGAGCUUUUGGCUGGCCGCUGUACUGGCGGUUAUCUUUGUCCUCCUCUUCUUCGCGGGACUUUACAUGCCCUGCAUGGCCUUGAGGAUCGACGAGCGGCAGCUUUACCCGCCCAACGGCUCCGUGCCAUACUCUGCCAAACCGAUAGUGGAGUCCCUCGCUAUCCCGGACCUGCUCAAGACUGACAUCAGCAUCCUCUCCUGCACUGUGUGGCUUAUCCAGGAGAUCGGCAGCGGAGAGGCCAACAGCCUUUUUGCGCUGGUGAUGUUCGGCUUUUGCGUCAUGGUCCUGACGCUGGCGGAUGUGCUGCUUCUGCUUGCUGCUGCUCUAAGGUUGGCGAAGGACGACACGUCAGCUUCAACUUGCUCAUUUUACAGAUGGGCUAAGAUCUGCCGCAAGCUUGCCAUGCUGGAUGUGUCCAUCAUGGGGGUCUACGUCAUCACUUUUUGCAUGGGCAUCUACAAGAAGCAAGGCAUCGUGGUCUCCACCCGGCCAGGCCUCAUUGUCCUGAUCCUGGCAGAGGUGGCACAUACGCUCAUCUACUGGCUGGUUUCUGGCGCUAUGGAGGCUCAAGUCGCGCAGGAGGAGCAAACCUACGAGUACAAAAUGGCCAUGGCGGAGGAGGGCGAGGAAGUUGCCGCCGCAGAAGCACCGCAGAAGUUGGAGCUCUCCUGCGGCGGCUUGAAGAGGUUCUUUACCUGCUCCCGGCUAGGCUCGAGCUGUGCUGAGAAACCUGGCCUUCCAGUGACGUGACGGCUCCUGUGGCUCGGGCUCGUGGUAGCGGACUGGACUCUUCCGGGCUUGGUGCCCUUGUCGAUCG